CUCGGCCCACCAGCACAGCUUCAUAAAGUACUCUCCAGCAUUCGUACCAGACAUCGUUGCAAACGAAAAAGCCCGCGCACAUCCACGAUGCAUCCUCAUCUACACACCGAAGAAGUUCAAAAGAACUGCGCAGAUGUCGUCGCAGCGCUAGAAGAAUGCCACAACCAAGGCUUCCUCUGGAAAGUGACGGGCAAUUGCACUGACGCGAAAUACAAAGUCAACAUGUGCCUGCGCGGGCUGCGACUUGAGAAGACAAAGGCGAAUCGCGAGGCGGCUAAGGAGAAGAGGGAGAGAAUACAGAAGGUGUGGAAGGAGUUGGACGAGAACAAAUGAGCAUGAGAGGGAAGAAAGACGUGCGAUAGAGGCACUAGGCGCGUGUGCAGAUCACACUGCGAAGAGGAAUUGCAUAUGGAUGGGAGUUUACGGACACGAUCGUCAGAGAGCUUUCAGGCUUUUGUAUUAUAUCAUGGCAGUCAUCAGGCGUUACAGGAGCAUUCAGGCGCUUUCAUGAAUGAUGUUCUUAAUAUUACUGCACAGGUAGCCCAGCAUCUCCCUGCUAGAGCUAGAAAGUCCAGUUCAAACAAACGCUACUCAACAUCAGACUCAUCGCCAGAUCUACCAGCUAUUGGUGUAGUGCCGGCCAAAGGAGUAGUACCCAAA